GCUCUAAUUCUCAUACUUUUUACGUGAACGAUGUCCGAACAGAUGCGCCGCUGGUGAAUCAGUCUACUUUUCCCGUUUCCUCAUGCAUGGCGUCUCACGCGAUCAAGCGCGUCGACAACCCCUGCAAGCCAUGCCAAUAGGCAGUUGCGACUCAGCUCCAGCUUGCGGUGUGCAGCGGCACGCUGCUUUGCGGGCCCCCGCGUGCCUGCCGAUGAUAAAUCAUGCAUUUCCCAGGCCUCUGUUGAGCUCUCGUCUUAUCGGUCCUGGCUAGCCGCCAAAUUUCUGAGCUCAAAAAAUGCCUGGCAGAGAUCUCAAUCUUCUCAGCCUUGACGGCGGAGGAGUUCGUGGGCUCUCCUCGUUAUAUAUCCUUCAACGCAUUAUGAACGCAAUUGAUCCGGACAACCCACCCAAGCCUUGCGACUAUUUCGAUGUUAUUGGCGGGACAAGUACUGGCGGGCUCAUCGCAAUCAUGCUGGGUCGUCUUGAUAUGAGUGUCGACGAGUGUAUCAAAGCUUACACAGAACUGUCUGCCACAGUAUUCCACAAGAAGCAUCGCAUUCCUGUCAACAUCAAGGGCAACCUCAAGGAACGUUACGAUAGCAAAGUCUUGGAACAGGCUAUCAAACAAAUUAUUCGAGACCGCAACCUUGACGAAAAUACGCUGCUCAAAGACCCGCAAGGAACUAAAGUCUUUGUAUGCUGCACGAGUGGUGAAACGUCGCAGACAUCUCUACUCAGAAGCUGGUACACAUCAAGAGGCGAUCCUGAUCUGUACAGGACGGUCCGCAUCUGGGAAGCUGCUCGCGCCACCUCCGCUGCUUCAAGCUUUUUCGACUCAAUCAGCAUUGGUGAUCCCCAGCAGCGGUUUCUGGAUGGAGGUACUGGUGCGAAUAACCCUGUCCAGCAUGUUUGGGAUGAAGCCGCCGAUCUCUUGACCUCUGAGGAGUCGCUGUCAGAAAAUGUUGGAUGUCUGAUCUCCCUUGGGACAGGCCAGCCUGGCUAUAAACCUUUCGAAGACACAAUCUUGGGCAUCGGGAAAACGCUGUUGAGUAUCGCUACCGAGACCGAAGCUAGUGCCGACAAGUUUCAUCGAGCUCAAUCUAGACUGUUUGAGAAGAAGCUGUGCUUUCGAUUCAAUGUUCCUCGAGGGUUGGGCGACAUAGGAUUGGCGGAGACCGAGCAGAUUGCCACUAUCAAGUCCAUGACAGCUGACCACCUGCAGUCUGAGGCCGUACAAAGUGUCCUUCGAACUUGUGUCGAGCGAUUGCGACAACGUCAAUGUAUGUCAGACUUCAUGUAGCAAAAUUGAUGCAUCACUCAUGACUACAUGUAUAGCCAAGUCUUCUGUGCAGAAGCCUACUUU